CCCUGGGCCACCGAAGUGGAACGUGCGCACUUAACCCCUGAGCCACUGGGCCUGCCUCAAGCUCAUGAAAUCUUUGAAGGGUUUUGCCCCUCAGCUUCCUACCUCAGAUAGCCUACUUCCAUGACAUGAGGCUAACAACAUAUCCACAAGUGAGACCAGUCUCUCUUUUCUCUAUGUUCCCGUGGAAAUGAAGGGAAUCCAGAGCUACUGCAGGUUAGGUUGGGUGGUGUAAGAUUGGGGGAGCUGUGGUAAGACAAAUUCUGGUACCAGUAACAUGUUUACACAUGAAAAUAUUCACUUCCAACAUCCAAUCUAUUUAGGCAAACCCUUAUUUUGGCCUUUCCUGGUUCCCAGCCUCUAUAACCACUUUCUCUCCAUAGUUCCAGUCAUUUAACCUUAGCAUGCAGCCUCAGCACCAUCUUGACCUCUAAAAGAAUCUUAAGUGUAUCAGGAAGAACUUGAAUAGCUUUAGUCCAAUGCUCUGGAACUUGUCAUGAAGCCCUAACCUGAGCUAAAGCCUUAUUUUUAUAGUUGGGGUACUGUCUUGUCCCCUAGACCCAUUUCCUGCAUUUUCUACCCAUGGGGAUAACUGAGACUUGUCUUGGAGUAACACACCCUGUCCAUCUACCCCCCAGGCUGUUUCUUACUCUCGCCAUCAACACUUUUUGAUUUAAUUAAGUACUGGAAGCCCUCAAACCCCACAUGUGGGGCCCUACCAGAUACUGGUGGAUUUUGUUAGUGGUUUCUUAGUGGUUUGGUGCUCCAGAUAUCCCUUGCUCCUUUAUCUUUCCAUUCCACUGUCCUGCGUACUUAUUAAGGCAUUCUUUUACCUCAUAUUGGGUUCACUCCCCUCCAAGGGCCUACUCUUUGCUCUUUCCCUUACUUUCUGGAAACCCUGUUAUGCCUAGGUCUGGAUUUUCUUGUGGCAGCUCCAGUUGAGUGUGUUCCCAUCCCAAUCCUGUGUAUUUUAGCUAAUUGGAAGUGCAAACAAUACAGCAUUUCUAGUUUCUGAUAUAUUUAUGUCAAAUUUUAUAUAUGGUUAUGUCUACAGAUAUUUACACCCUAUGUAAUUUUUGGCCACUACACACCUAUUGGAUUUUUUUUCCAUACAUUCCAAAGGAAUAUUUUAUGAUGCAGCACCAAACUUGAAUGUGCCCAGUUGUAAGUUUGCAACUCUGCUGUGCUAACUUAUGUCUUGUCUUUUUCCAAAUAGCAAUUUACUAACAUUGAUCCAUUUUUAAUUAUCUACAAGGAUUCAGAAUUAUAAAUACUUGUGGGUUUGAACUUGGUUAGACUAUGACUGUCUCACAAAUGUUAAACAUAGUGAUCAUUUUAUCCGUUCAUUCAUUCAUUUAUUCCAGAACUCUAACCUUUCUCACCCUCUUUUUACCGAGCUCUCAAACGGUUGUGAGGAUUACUAACAGUGUAUAUAAGAUACUUUCAGAAAUUAGGAACUAAAAAAUAAAAAUAACAAAAAACAUUCACGAUUAUAAUUAUCUACAGUUUAAUCUGGAAUUGAGCACCCUAUUCUGCCUUCAGACCUACUGUAGGACAAUGCUGUCUUUUGCUGUUCCACGUAUAGCCGAAUUUAGAGUUUUUCUAACAUGUACACCUCCUUGUGCUGAUACUGUGUAGAAAUCUUAGCCUUAAGCUGCACUCUUAUCAAUCUCAGUUAUUGUUUUGUAUUUUCUAAAAUGUAUAUACAUACCAUCAACCUCUAGCGUGAUACCUGGCACAGGAUAGAAACCCAAUAAAAGUUUCACUGUAAGUGGGAGUGUAGGUUGUUACAAUGGUUUUGGAGGGUAACUAGACAAUACUUUUCAAAAUUUUAACUUUGCAUAUCCUUCUUUCCAGUAGUUCUACUUCUCGGAAUUUAACAGUAGUUGUAUUCAUGCAUGAGGAUGUUCACAUUGCAGUCUGUCUGUAACAGAGGACAAAACAACCUGAAAGCAUCUAAAAGUCUGUCAAUAUUGGACUCAUUAUAUAAAUUAUGGUGGAAAGACUAUCUCGCAGUUGGACAGCGGAUGCCUGGGACUCGUUUCAUUGCUUUCAAAGUUCCUUUGAAAAAGAAUUUUGAAGAGAAGCUUGCUCCAGAAGAAUGUUUUUCCCCCUUAGAUCUUUUUACAAAAAUCCGAGAGCAGAAUGAAGAACUUGGACUGAUUAUUGAUUUAACAUACACUCACCGCUAUUAUAAACCAGAGGACUUGCCAGAAACUAUUCCUUACUUAAAGAUUUAUACGAUCGGGCAUCAGGUACCCGAUGAUGACACUAUUUUUAAAUUCAAAUGUGCUGUUAAUGGGUUUUUGAAAGACAAUAAAGAUAAUGACAAACUUAUUGGCGUCCACUGUACCCAUGGUUUAAACAGGACUGGCUACCUCAUCUGCAGGUAUUUGAUUGAUGUAGAAGGCAUGAGGCCAGAUGCUGCAAUUGAAUUAUUCAAUAGGUGCCGGGGACAUUGCUUAGAAAGGCAAAACUACAUUGAAGACCUUCAGAAUGGGCCCAUCAGAAAUGCGGAAACAUUCACUUUGAGGAAUUGGGAUUCCAGUGUAUCCAGAUCAAGUGGUUCUGAAGACUUGACACAUAUGAUGGAACCAGUGCACACCUCUAAUAAGUUUGUUAGCCAAGGACCUAGGUAUGAGCUACAUCGAACCCAAGGUUACCCAGUACCUUCUCGGCAUUUCCACACCCAGACUCAAGAUUUGCAGCAGUCAGUAAGAAAAUUUUCACAGAGUCAGAACAUUUAUCGGAGAGGCCGUAUCCCUCCUCCUGGGCCUCCUGGAGAGGACUAUUCACAGAGGAGGUACUCUUGGAACGCAAAGCCAAGUGCCAGGCCAGCAGCCCAGAAUGAAGGCUGGUAUCCUGGCAGUUACUACCGACUUCCGUACCCAACCCACUGGGGAUGGACCGAGUGACACACACCUAUCCUGGAAUCAAUCUGGAGUCAGAGCAGGACUGAAGACCGCGGAAGUGGCUUUUUAUAAGAUCAGGUCAAAUGAGGUUUAUAAUCUAUUUUAUUGCUCCCUUAUGUGUUCAAGAUUAAGGAAAAAUUAUAUUGAUACUUACCUCUUUGCUGAUAAAUCUGUAGUAUUUGUAACAGUGAAGGAAAUGAUCUGUCAUUCCAGUCUUAAAUUUUUUUAAAGGAAGAUAUUUUAGAACUGAUAAAGUAAUAAAGAACUUCCCUUGUAAAUUAUUUUUUAAAAUUAUGUCUUUUUCUAUGUAUUUCCUUCUGACUAGAUUUGUGAUAUGAGCGUGUGUAUGUGCAGAAAUUUUUAUUGUUUUUGCCAUGUUCUAUUAUUGACAAAAUCAUUAAGGGUAUCUUUUUUUCCUCCAACUGUUCGAGGUUUCUAUUAAAAUCUCCCUAGGAGACAACAAUCUCUUUGAAACCAAAUCACUAUUUGUAAUUGUAGUAUUUUUGUGAUUAGACAUUUCUUUCUUUGGCCA